AUGUCUGUCCACUGUCAGGUGUCGGAGACCCCCAUCGGGCGAUGUUUCACUUUCAACGGUCCGGAGUACGUGAAGAGGCACGGAGUGAGACAGGCCACUUAUGACGGGAGGUACUCAGGACUACAGGUGUACGUGAAUCUACACCAGGAGCAGUAUUUUAUCUAUGACGACAUCACGGCUGGGCUGAGGAUCUUCAUCUCCCAACACCCGGAGACCGCCCGGCUGUUCAAGGACGGCAUUGACGUACAUCCGGGUACAUCCACCCGGCUCGCUCUCUCACCUGUCAAGUUCACCUUCCUGCCCGCCCCUUACAACUCAUACGGCUCAGACACAUGUGUGGACACCUCGGUCAAUGACCUCCAGCCCAAGAUGGUCAACGCCUCGUUCUACAGCCACCCGGAGUGUAUAGAGCAGUGUCUCAACCUUCGUGUCUCACACAUCUGUCAGUGCUACACGCACCUACUUUAUGUGCCCGGCCUACGGGAGUGUACGUUUGGGGAGUAUUUGUUGUGUUCCAGACCCUUGAAAGAUACUUGA